UACUGUCUCACAAAAAAAUCUUACAGAUUGAUACGCGUUGGAAAAAGACAAGAACACGAGUAAAGCAAGGUAUUCUCUUUUUCCCAAUGCUAUUAUCACGAAUCUAUCCACCUUUCCUCUCCCGUGGAUCUUUCAUUCAUCUCCGAAGCCAACGAUAUCUAUCAACACAAAACCAAAAACCUUCAACCAUAACCACACCAAAGAUGAGUCUGAACGGAGCUGAUGUUACUCAGAACAAAGAUGAAUCACCCACUUUUCCAUAUAUUCAAGAAUCUGUCAGGAAUGAUCCUUUCAAGGUUCCUCAAAGGUAUACAAGAAGUGAAGAAGUAAUUCAAAAAUCUCUUUUCAUGCCUCAACUUUCAUCGCAGCUUCCAGUCAUUGAUUUUGCACUACUCUUGGAUCGAAACAAAGAUGAACUUUCCAAACUCGACAUAGCAUGCAAGGAGUGGGGAUUCUUUCAGGUUAGGCAAGUUGACAUCAAUGCAUUAAUAUCUUUGCAAUGCAGUUACUUUUUUCAGAUAGUGAAUCACGGCGUAGAGAUAGACCUGAUGCAGAGAAUGAAGGAUGCAGCAGCUGAGUUUUUCGAAUCUCCGAUAGAGAAAAAGAUCAAGUAUGCAAUGCCCUCGGGUGGUUUAGAAGGUUAUGGGCAUGCUCCGGUUGAUUGGUCUGAUCGUGUUAACUUAACCAUUUACCCAACCCGGUUCCGGCAGCUUCAGUUUUGGCCCGAGGAAUUGAAGGAUAUAAUAGAGGCAUAUUCAAGUGAAAUUAGACGAGUCGGUGAGCAACUUAUCAGUUCCGUGUCAUUGCUUUUGGGGUUGGAGGAAGAUGUUCUUCUUGGACUACAUAAAGAAUUAUGUAAAGGUUUACGUGCGAACUAUUACCCUCCUUGUAACGCGCCUGAGAACGUGAUUGGUUUGAGUUCACACUGUGAUAUAAGGACCCUUAUAGUAGGUAUGCAAGAUGAUACUGCAACGGGAACGCAAAUUCGAUACAAAGGAGGUUGGAUACCAAUUAAAACAAUACCAGGUGCUUUACUCAUCAAUGUUGGAGAUGUAAUAGAGAUAUGGAGCAAUGGGAGAUACAAGAGUGUGGAACACAGAGUACUGACGAAUAAGAACAAGAGAAGGAUUACUUUUGUAUCGUUUUUGUAUCCUCGGGAUGAUGCUGAAAUCGGACCAUUUGAGCAUUUGAUAGAUGAUGAAAAUCCCAAGAUGUACAAGGAAAUCACGUAUGGAGAGUAUUUCGGACACGUCCGGGAUAAGAAGUUAGCAGGAAAAACACAUGUGAGGGCGACAAAGAUAAACGAAUUUUGAAGGAAAAUGAAGUUGUUCCCCCUCAAGUUUGUUGCCUUUUUCAUGUUGUCAAUUGUGCCUGUAUAAUUCUUAAUGAAUAAAUUUGUGUCUAUUUACUUACUACUAAACUAGUCCUUGUCACUGAAAUUUACCUUGUUCAUUUGGAAUCUCCGAAACAUAGUUUCGAUAGAACCAAAACAAUUACAUAAAAAUAUUAGUACUAAAGUUGAUAAUUUCCAUU